UGUUGGCUGAAUGAACACAGCCAGAAGAACAGGCUGUCUCUAAAGGCUUUUGAAGAGUCCCGGAUUGGACCCAACUUUACAUCACAGUGUCUUGCAGGUCGACUGUUUCAGAAGAAGAUGGUCUAGUGACCUCUCUGACCUCCUCCACUUCAUGGUGAGAACGUGGAGCCAGACUAUCUGGGGCUGCUCAACUGACAAGGAAACAAUUAAAUAUCAGAACAACACCAUGAAAGACUGUUGUCAUGUCUGUUGUGACAUCACGCCAAGCGACUGAGAAAGCCAAGCGGGAGGUUGGGGCUUUGGCAGACCUCCAGCACCCCAACAUAGUGCGUUACUACACAGCCUGGGAAGAAGACACUAAGUACACAUGUGACCAUACCUCUGAGAGUUACAGCUCUUCAUAUUCAGGCAGCAGUUCAUCCUCCAAGUUCCUGUACAUUCAGAUGGAACUGUGUGACAGAAGGACUCUGAAGGUAUGGAUCGAUGAGAGGAACGCCCAACGGACUCCCAAACGCAGAGAGGGCAGCCUCCGCAUCACCCAGCAGAUUGUUAAUGGAGUUGAUUACAUCCACUCAAAGAAACUCAUCCACCGAGACCUGAAGCCUGUUAACAUCAUGUUUGGAAUGGGUGGUGGAGAGACGAACGGAGAGGUAAAGAUCGGGGACUUCGGGCUUGUGACUGCAGAAGAUAACGAUGAUGAUGAGAACCUGCUGGAGAGAACGAAGCGCACCGGAACCAGGUCCUACAUGGCCCCCGAACAGAGGAACAAGACCUCGUAUGACAGAAAGGUAGACAUCUUCGCUCUGGGUCUGAUCUACUUUGAACUUCUCUGGAAUCUAUCUGGCAUGGAGAGGGCAGAGGUCUGGGAUGACAUCCGAAGCCAGAGGUUCCCGCAACGGUUUGUUACACAGUUUCCCAUAGAGCACAAGAUGAUUGAGUCCAUGCUGUGUGUCAAUCCAGAAGACCGACCAGAAGCCAGCCAGCUAAAGAUGAACCUAACGGAGGCUAAUAACAUACUGACCAGAGACCUCCAUAACCAACAAGACAACAGAACAAUCUAACAGCCUUUUAUAUAGUACAUAUAAUUACACCAGGGGGUUUGGAUCCUGAUUGCUCAUUGGCAUCCAAGGGGGUGUGGUAUACAGCCAAUAUACCACAGUAAAGAGCUGUUCUUAGGUAUGAGGCAUCGCGGAGUGCCUGGACAAAGAUUUUUUAUAAUACAUUUAAGAUACAAUAUCCAUAGAGAAAUAAUACAAUAUAAGCCGUUGGAGACAGAAUCCCAGUGAGAUCGAUUAGAUGAACACAACAUGUGACAUGAUCCUCAGUCAACACCUUCACUCUGAGAUGCUACGAAUACCCGAAAACUAAAAUAUCUCCAUUUCAACUGCAUUCAGUAAACCUCAAAUAGUCAGUGGACCUGGUUUCUUGUACUACUAGUCCAGGCAGAACCCAGGAUAGUCUGGGUCGGGCUGUGUAUUGGUUGCCUCGUAAAGUUGCCUGAUCCAACAAGCUUGAAAAAUUUGAAUGCAAUCUUGUGGAAUUAGAUUUCUAGGAGGGACCAGUAUGUUGUGGAUCAUGAAUCAUGAGUAAUACGGCAAUUUUUAUCAUUUCAAAACAACAAAAACAUCUGGCCCCAUUUAUCAGUUGAAUAUUAAAUUGUUAUAUCCAGGAAUGUAUAUUUAACAAUGUGUUGUAACACUGACAUUCACAGAGUCUAUAGCCUAUAAAUUAACAGUCAGAUGUCUUGGAGAGACCAUGAUAUUGUGGUUGUGUUCAUAAAUCAUGAGUCAUGCGGCAUAAGUAAUCAUUUCAAAACAACAAAAUGUCUGGCCAUAUUUAUGAGUUGAAAAUAAAAUGUUAUAUCCACUAAUAUAUAAUAAAAAAUGUGUUGUAACACUGACAUUAACAGAGUCUACAGCCUAUAAAAUAAAAGUCAGUUGGUCAUUGGAUUUUCCAGCAGAACAAUGAUCUCAAGCAUAACUCCAAAUCCACACAAAAUGUUUGAAUCAAGCAUUUGCAAUGGCCAUCACGGUCUCUGAGCUGAAUCCCAAAGGACACUUGUUGGGUGAGCUGAAGAGGCGGGUCCACAAGUGACAACAAGGGACUGAAGUUUUUUGAUGGAGGAAUGAUUCUCCCGCCUCAUCAAACAUGCCUGAGGAAAGGUGCACAAACAACUAAAUGCACUGGUGCCAAUUAUUGGUUCUCACCUGUUUUAAAAAAAAAAGUAAUUUACUGUUUAAAAUAAAUGUUUUCCUUCAACCAAUUUUCACUCAAUUAAAGGUUAAAUGAAAGUAAGAUCAGUCAGAUAAAUAACAAUGUUAUUUUUUGACAGCCUUUUUUGGUUGAUUUUUAUCUAGGGAACCAACAGUUCUGCAGGGGACUACACAUACAGUAGAACUACACAUACAGUAGACCAGCACAUACAGUAGUCCUACACAUACAGUAGACUUGCACAUACAGUAGACCUGCACAUACAGUAGA